AUGGAUUUUAUGGUCCCAGUUGGUGUACGGAUGGACGGAUCGAUGCGACUACCUGACGAAGUUGGAAUACCGCUUAAUGGUCGUAAGGGACUGUAUGGCGAGAAGGUGAGAUCGGUGAUUCUCUACGAAUCCCGGUCGGCCGGUCGGAAGAAACAGCGGCUAAAAUUGUCGUCCACUGAGAAACUGUGGGUGACCAGAGGGGAACGAUGGGUACCGACCGUGUCGGAAGGCCUCGGUCGCAUCCGCUACCUGGUGAUCUCGAACGUUGGCGAAGAGAUCCUACGGCUCGACCACCGUCUGGACGUCGGUAUGAUACUCGAUCAGGACAAAGUACCCCGAUCCCCAUGGUUCGUAUCUGUCGGGUCACAUCGAUACCGGGAAUGGCAGAAGCUGGCAUUGGAAUCGACGGUAGAUACUAGAUCGGGGCCCCCUGAAUUCAUGGAGGGCCCCGUGGAGCCGACAGACCAUCAAUCUCGAUCGAGGGCGCGAAUCGCCGACGCGAACCAGAUCGAGGCUGAAUUUCUCGAUCCAGAAAGGGGACGUCCAUCUACGCCAACGACUAGCCCCGAUGCCGAUAGAUACCUGAGCGGCGAUGCUGAGCGCGGCGGAAUAAGUGAGAGCAUGCCAGAUCAGGCCACCGAUCGGACGGACACCAAUGAUGCUAGGACGGAAAAUCAGACUGACGUCGGGCAUACCGAGCCGAAAACGGGAAAUCUGAACUGUCAAACUCAGAUCAAGCUCGUUACCGGCAAAGUCUCCGGUGUUAAAUCCCCGAUCCACCCGCCUGAGGUCGUCGACCUACGAGAUCCUCUGGCAGCGACCACCCCACAAGAUGCCGAGGACGAGGAUGGUAUAUAUUCCCACGAGAGUGAUGAUCUCUCAGCUGAAGAGCUCGAAGGAAACCUCGCUGUCCUCCCCGAAAUCCCGAUCUCGACGACCGCGAUAGUCAGCAUCGAGGAUCUGCAGGUUGGAGACUCCGGAUCGGCUACACCCGAAGAGAUCGAGAGACUCCGUCAGAUCAUUUGGAAGAAACGACACCUCCUGAUCGGAAAAGAGAACGCCUUACCCCCGGCGGUCAAGGACGUCGUGUAUGACUUCGAUGGCCUCCUGGCAGCCGAGAUCAUCCGACCCUCGACAUCGCCAUGGGCCUCACCGAUCGUGAUUGUUCGCAAGAGCAACGGUGUGGAUAUCAGGUUGUGCAUCGACUACAAGUUGGUAAACAACCUCACGAGGUUGAUGGUCUACCCUAUGCCCCUGAUCACCGAUCUGCUAGAAGUUCUUGAUGAAGCACUAUGGUACUCCAAGAGCUUUUGGGGCAUGGAUAAGGUGGUAUAUCUUGGACACCGAGUGUCGACCGGAGGUCUGGAGGCGAACCCGAAAGACCUGAAAUCUCUAACCGAUCUGCCAUUCCCCGGAUCACUUCGAUCUAUGCAGUCAUUCCUGGGUAGUUUGAAUUACUGCAGCCGAUUCAUUGAAGAUUACGCUAUUUAUGCUUCGGUGCUCUACGAAUUACGUAAGGUGAAGUUUGCAGAAGUGGAGAAACGAUCGGAUCUGAGGGAGAUCAUGGACCGGAACGACCCGAUUCUUCAAGAUCUCGGCCCUCCGGAACUGAAGUGGACGGAACCAGUGGAUGAGAGGGUCGACAGUCUAGCGAGUGCCGCUUUACAACGACAAGGCGGGAUCGAGGUCCAGAAGAUGCCCGGGUACCAGGAUCCGGUCACUCUGAACCGGUUAGACGAAAUCUUGAUUCCCAGGGCCGAGAACCCAGUGUUGCGAGUUGUAGCGGUUACCACUCGAGGCGCUCAGGUAAGAUCACCUACGGCUGUCAUGCAAGAGGAUAUGAUCCGGGAGAUGCCAGUCGAUCGGAUCAAGCAGGCCCAGGAGGCGGAAGUCUGGAUCGCUGGCAUGAAGAAAUAUCUGAGUGGCUCGAUCGCAGAUCUCACCCAAGCGGAAGCGAGAUCGUACGGUAAGAUCGCGGCCGAUUACGAGGUGGACGAGCAGGAUCUACUCUUUUACUGCCCUCCCACGCCGAGAUCGAGGGAUGAUCGUGACCAAUUGCUGAGAUUGGUUGUCCCCGAAACGCUGCAAUCGGAGUCUUACACCACUAUCACACUACGAAAAGGAAAACUUGUGUUCCGGGGUGAAUCACUGGGGAACUUGCAGGCGACGUACCCGUUCCAGAUUAUCGCGAUGGAUCACAUACCGUCGCUACCCAAAUCUCACAAGGGGAACACAGAAUUACUGAUCUGGGUCGAUCUAUUCACGGGGUAUGUGAUCGCGAAAGCCAGCUCGUCCCGAUCGGCCCAGACGGUUGCGGAAUCGUACGAAGAGUGUGCAUUCCGACGAUUUGGUGCCAGAGAGAUGAUCCGGCAUGAUCGAGAACCCGGCUUCAUGUCCGAUUUCGUCCGGUCGUUUAACAAGAUCCUGGGACAACGGCAGCGGGCGACGAUGGCAUAUCAGCCACAAGCCAACGGGACUGCAGAAAGAAUGGUACAAACCGCGACCCGGGCGCUCCAGAUGUAUGUUCGCGAUCUGGAUCAGAAGGAUUGGGACGAGUAUGCUGAGCGACUUACCUUCGCGAUCAACACGGCUCACGAUCGGAUCCGAGGAGAUACCCCCCACUAUUUGGUGCAUGGGUGGGAUCCGAGAUCGACGCUGGAGGCUACACUGCCGAUCGGAUAUCGGGCCGGCCGACACAACGAGGACAUCGGAUCGCACCAGAAGGCCGAAUCUCGCAUCUGGUUAUACCUAGAUCGGGUGAAGGAAGGAUACGAGCGCAAAUUGGCCCAUGCCACAGGUACCGGGUACCAGAUCUUCCCAGUAGUGCACGUGGCGAAGUUGAAAGUGGUCAAGGAUUUUCCGGAUCGGCCGCGAGUAGAACUAACAGUGGAUGAGACGGAUCGUCUCGAUUUCGAUGAGAUCCUGCUUCCGGAGGACAGUUGGGUCCCAGAUCUCGGGGCCGAUGAGUACGAAGUCGAGCGGAUCUCCGAUAUGCGGAGUGGGAAGAAGACGCGAUUUGGUCGGAUUUACCGAGAACUCCUGGUGCAUUGGGCAGUAUAUUAUGAGCCAACCUGGGUCGACGAAGCCGAUCUCAACUCCUUCCUGCGGGAACGGGCUAAUCGGAACCUCUACAAUGUGAUGCAAUCACAUGAGAAGAUGUAA